AUGUCUCUGCUCAAAACCAACAUUUUGUUUCUCUUUGCAAUUUCUCUUCUCUAUGGCUCUUUAACCCAAGAUUUGAAACAAGAAUUCUUAGAGCCCCAAAACGAAGCCUGGAAAGAAGUUGGGCUUGACCCAUUGGUUUGGGACGAUGAGGUCGCUGCUUACGCCGCCAGCAAUGCAAACCAGAGGAUCAGUGACUGUGCAUUACUCCAUUCGAAUGGACCAUUUGGAGAGAACAUAGCGAUGAGUAGUGGAGAGAUGUCGGCUGAGGAUGCUGCGGGGAUGUGGAUCAACGAGAAACAGUAUUACGACUACAGUAGCAACACGUGCAACGUUCCAUACGGUGGCACGUGCUUACAUUACACACAAGUGGUUUGGAGAAACACUGUUCGAUUGGGAUGCGCUAAAGUUGUGUGCAACGGUGGUGGUACUUUUAUUACAUGUAACUACGAUCCUCCCGGUAAUUACAACGGAGAAACACCAUACUAAUUACGAUUUUAUA